CUCCAAGAUGCAGCACAGCCAGCCCCUAUCACAUGCCUUAGACAACUGGUUGUGAAAGCGACCCGAUAAUCGAUCCCGCCAGUGCCAUCUCAACCCGUACCUCGUACCAGGAACGUUUUCCCCGUCUCACGAUUCGAACUCCUUGCGCAAUAGACUUACCCCAGCUAGAUCGCCAAUCCCAUGGUACCCUGAUGUUUCAACGCGUUCCCACGAUUCCUCUCAUCGCAUUUGCAUCCCAUCCACGAGCUCUAUCUCUCGGCACCCUCGCACUACUUACGCGACGCGCCCAUCUUGAAUGUCCGGCCCCGAGGCCCCUUGGAACCAUAGCAGCAGGAGGUGUGAACGGUGACUGGUAUGCAGACGGCAAGGCUCAAGGCUGAAUCGCAGGGUCGAAAAGCAAAGCUUGCCAACUCGUACCAUGAGUUAUUGGAAGAGUUCUCGUCGAAAGAGCUGCGAUCAGUUGGGAACUACACAGUAGGACGCUUGAUCGGGAAGGGGUCCUUUGGGAAGGUUUAUCUUGCGACACAUAAGUUGACAAAUGGCUCAAAAGUUGUCCUUAAAUCCGCGAACAAAGGAGAUUCGAACCUGGCACGAGAAAUCCAUCAUCAUCGACAAUUCAUACAUCCCCAUAUUGCGCGCCUCUACGAGGUCAUUGUUACCGAGACUUUAGUGUGGCUUGUGCUUGAGUAUUGUCCUGGCGACGAAUUAUAUAAUUAUCUCGUCAAGAAUGGCGCUUUACCGGUGGAGAAGGUUCAGAAAGUGUUCACACAACUAGUUGGGGCGGUGGCCUAUGUUCACAAUGCAUCGUGUGUGCAUCGAGAUCUAAAGCUUGAGAACAUCCUCCUGGACAAGCACGAGAAUGUUAAGCUUUGCGACUUCGGGUUUACAAGAGAGUAUGAAGGGAAGGCCAGCUAUCUACAGACCUUUUGUGGUACGGUCUGCUACAGUGCCCCUGAAAUGCUGAAAGGGGAAAAGUACGCCGGAGAGAAAGUCGACGUCUGGAGUUUAGGGGUUAUUCUAUAUGCCCUGCUAUGCGGCGAGUUACCUUUCGAUGACGACGAUGACAAUGUUACGAGGACCAAGAUCCUUACCACCGAACCCAAAUGGCCAGAUCAUCUCACCCCCGACGCUAGAUCUCUGCUGAAUGUUCUACUUUCGAAGCGACCACUUAUUCGCCCAUCAUUAUCAGAGAUAUUGACUCAUCCUUUCCUAGCAGAGCAUGCGCCGCAACAGCAAGCUAUCCUGAAACUUCAACGACCUGCACCGUUCACAACGCAAUUGGAGAAGGAAACACUGGAACGGAUGCGCAGCGGCGGCGUGGAUAUUGAUCAAGUGAUUGAAAAUGUCUUGGCUCAACGUUGUGACGCACUGGCGGGGUGGUGGGCCCUUCUUAUAGAGAAGGAGGAGCGCAAGCAGAGACGACGAGAGCGUAAGCGCAAAGAGAAGGAGGCCGAGAAUCGAGCGACAUGGAGGUUGAGUGCAUCAAGUAGUCGCCUCGAACGUAUGGCCUCUACACUACAAGGGGUUGACGAAGAGGGCCAAAAAAGCGUUAGAGGUAGCGAAACUCCUAGGAGUAGGGGAAGAAAAGAGAGGCGGAGUGCACACUAUCCAGAGCUGGUCCUUACAGAUCUUCCAGGUCUACCAGAACAUUCGCAACUACACUCACCGGUAUUAGCUUCACCUCCGUUACCAAUAGAGAAAGAUUCAGUACGGUCAGCAAGUUCGUCGCGGCAUCGUCGACCCAUUCCGCCUCCAAAAGAGGGGACCAUACGAAGCGCUCGAUCUCGCGGGAGCACAUUACAGCUCGUCACUACUAAUCCGGACCUUCUUUCAGCACAUGCAAACGGCGUAGUGCAAAGUACUCCGAGGCGCAAGCAUCAACAUGCGUUCAUCAACCAUUUGGCUCACUGGAAACAAUGGCUUCUAGAUUCUGCUAAGCGGGCCAAAUCACCAGGCAAAAGGGUAAGCAAAUCUACACCAGAUCUUCUCCACAAGCCAUUGGGCAUCUCACGAAUCAAUGCCACGGAGCCCGGCCCACGACCGGCAACUUCUAAAACACCGACACAAACAAGACCAUCAUUGAACACGGGACCGCAUAGCCACCCACCGGCGGGCCUCAUAUAUAAUACACCCAACAAACGACACUCAUUAUCGCCAUCUCCCCUAACACCACGGUCUGGCUUUCGACGGUCAAGCGCUGGCCUGGGGGGGCGCAAGUCCACUUCAUCUUCAGUCUCGUCAAUACGUAGUAUCCAUCAUCACCAUACACACUCCAAAGCCUCCUCCACCUCCUCCAAUGGUUCAGAAUCCUUGAGUAGGGUUUCAAUCCCCCGUAGCCCUCACCCUUCAGUCAAAGUCCUUCCAGCAACACCCACCACAAGCGCGUUUCCUUCGAAUAUCCGCGUUGUCCGUCAAACGCCUGUUUCUUCCUUCAACGAAGGCGUCUGGGGCAGUUCUAACCUCGGAUUUGGAUCCAGCGCUGCCGGAGGCUUAGUCUUCGCCAAGCGGAAGAGAAACAUAUUCAAAGGACCCAUGCUCAACACGUCCUCCCCUACCUCAACAGGAAAUGUACCCUUCAGCCGGGCAGCCAGCCACAGCCGGAGCACGAGUCUGACAGGGAAACGGAGUGGCGAGAUCAUCGAGGAAGAAGACGAGAAUGAGAUAGAGGAGGUUGAAGCGUUUAGCCCCGUGACGGGGGGAGAGGAAGUCGAAGAAACAAUAUACCCACCAGCAGAGACGGACGCCAAGGUAGUAGAGGCGCCCCGAGAGCUUGAUUAACGAACUGUACAUAUUGCCAUGAAUGCCUGAUGAGUGGGAAAACGGGGCCCGCCGGCCUCCCGGUGUUAACUGUAUGUAGUGGCUCAUUUUCUCAACUGUAUAUCCCAUUCAGCGUUGUAGCAUUUCCUGCACGGGGAACGCAUCUUUUUUUUUUGUUCUUUCUUCUUGGUAUGGAGUGCUUCCUGUGAGGCCUUCAAUACAUAAAUAGGGCUAUUAUCAUCUUGCAUGCAGAGAUUUCGACGGAACUGUAUAUGGUACAUGUACAUGCCCACCUGCAUGCGGGGAUCGUUUUUGGUGUCUGUUAUUUAUAGUAACGAAAAUCCGGUGUUGGAAGAGGAGGCGUCUUUUCUACCGAGAUGGGGCAGAUCUCAAAAUCACAAAUGGGUCUUUAGAAUGGGUAACUAAUUUUACAAUUGUCCUCCCGCCCUCUGGGCAGAUGGUGGAUAUCUUUUACUGCAAUAUGUUUCCGUGCCCCUUGCUAUCUC